CGCGAAGUUUAGAAGAAGCGAAGCGGUGACUGCAGUGCGGAAGGAAGAAAACAACGUGUGUGGGAGGCGGGAAAGAAACCGGUAGGUAGGUGAACUGGCCAAAAUUCCGUUGUGAGCGGCACUGAACUGCUUGCAAUUUUUUUUGAAUCAUCUCCUUUCUCAUCAGCUUGGCAGUGAUGGCGCUGGAACCUACUACUCCAGUAUUGGAACGGACCAUACAACUAACCGGUGAUGUCAAGAAAGCCAGAUCAAGUUUACUGUGGGGAUGUUUCAACUCUGUUAUCUUCAGCAUUCUACUUCUUGAUAUUGUUUACACAUGUCCGCGCUAUAGCUAUUAUACGCAAGUGGGCGAGUACAUCAUUGCUAGCAUUCUGUUUCUGAAUGCGUUGUACCACUUUGGUUGCUACAUUUGGACGGUAUUCAGCAUUGAACCCCUUACUGUUACUCCACGUCAACAGAAACUUCUGGGCAUUAAGCAAAAUGAUCCCUACAUCAAGUUCAAAGCUGCUCUAUCACCAACACCUGUAAAGGGCACAUCUGCUGUUCAGGAGGCAAUCACUCCAAUGAAUAUGACUGCUCUCAGCUGGAUGUCAAAUUCUGUUCUUUCUCCAUCAGCUGGAUCUCCUCUCAAUGAUUCUACAAUGAGUAGCCAAAAUUACUCAGUAUCGUCAUCAUCUUGGAUGUACCAAGCAGGAUCUCCUGCAAGUAUGUCACUCUCUCCUGACACUUCACGGGAUGGCCUUCGUAAUCGCCAAGUUAAGACAUCACCUAAUAGAUCAUACACCUCUCACCUGCCAACUACUCCAUCUUCAGAAUUCAUUGGAGAUGAAGACUCCCUCUCACAAUAUCUUCGGGACUUCGAUUCCCACGAGAAGAGUUCUGCACAUGCCGCCAGCAUUGAGCAGCCAACAAAUCUUCUCAGCUCAUUUUGGAGUCAUCCAGCAAGCCGGACUGCUGGCGAAGUGUCUCCAUUACUCAGAAGAUGUACAUAUCAGUUAGCAUCUCACUCAUCAACCCAGAGCCCUAGUAGUCCUGGAGCAACAAAUGACGAUACAAGUUCACCAUCAGCUUUGUAUCAUAGUCAAGAGGCAUGGCGCCGUUUCAAAAUAAAUCCAUCUAUCCUCACACAGUGGAAUGCCAACCUUAGAAUGUGGAUUUCUCAAACUAUCUUAGAAAGGUUAGAAAAGGAAAUUGACGCUGUUGAUGCUGCUUUAGGAAGACAGAGCAUAUCUGAUGUUCGAGUAGGUCAAGUGGGCCUUGAGAGAUUGAGAAAAACAGCUCGCACCCUGACUGUGGUACAAAAUAUCCCUACACUUCCUAAUUUGGUUCCAUUUUUGGAGCUUUCACCGCACCAAGAGUACAUUGUCUCUCGCAUCCGAGAACUUGCGAAAGGUGGAUGCAUGAGUGAAUUUCGAUGGAACAGUGGUGGUAGUUUUAAUGGAAAACGCUGGGAUGAAAAUCUACCGACAGAUGCAAUGUUGGUUAUGCAUUUGUUGGCAACAUACUUAGAUUCUCAAUUAUUGCCACUUCCUCAGAACCCUGAUGGACGGCCUUUUAGUACACAGCACUUCUUCAAAUCGCCUGAUAAGCCACCAAAGGCAAAAAACACACUUGCUAUUCAUCAGACCAGCCUCCAUCCACCUCAUUAUGUUCUAGUGCUAGGUGAAGAAACAUUGGAUGUGACAAAGGGCCGCAAUAAUCUUUUCCACACAGUUCUUCUGUUCCUUCACAUUGUGAAAACCCAGGAACAUGGAAUGCUUGGUCGUGUCAAUUUAGGACCAUCAGGUGUCAAUGUUUUAUGGGUCAUAAACUGUUAAGUGAACUGACAUAUGAUGCCAUUUCAUUGAUUAAUUAAUUAAUUAACUAGUUCAUUCUUUUAAGGAUAUUGUGACUGGUAAUGUAUUUGUUCACUGUUUCAUCAAAUCAUACAUCAUGAAUAAUUUUAACUUAUGUCAAAUUAACUGACCGAUUAAAUAUGAUCUGUUUAACCCCUA